AUGCAGGAACUGACUGUAAUUGAUGAUCUUCUAUCUGCUUUAGUUGGAAUUGAGGGACCAUAUAUUUCUAUCAAUAGAGUUGGAGGGAAUGAUAACUCUAUUAUCUUCAAUGUUGACGGAUCUAUGGAUUUGGCACUCCAGGGUGCUGCAAAUAUAAAAGUGGCAGGAAUAAAUAUGAACAACAAGAGCAGCCGGUCACAUAGUGUUUUCACCUGUUGGUUCUCAAAGAUUACAAACACCAAUUUCCUUCAAACAACAGAAGAUCUAGAGUUUAAAUGGGUGAUUGAAGGUGAUGGAUGUAAACUUGAUUCUGGAACUCUCAGUCUACCAACAUUAGAGUUUAAUUGGGUGAUUGAAGGCGGACGAGGCCGCCGACGAACCAUUGGAAACACCGCAUACCCCGAUAUGCCCAAUGGCUCCCUAGAAACGACCAACACCCCAAUAACACUGCCACCUCAGAUGACCGACGUGGUUUUUGAGGUACCAUUAUCCGUUGUCCCGUCAACUUCUCUUGCAACAGUUACGCCUUCCGUCACAACACACAUACCAAUACCCAUACUGAAUAACAUAACUCCACCGCUGUUCCCCAACAACGUCGGACCCAAUCCGCCCAUCUCACCUUAUAUACCACUGUUUUUUACCAACGCCAGCGGAUUAAACAAUGUCAAUUAUAGUUUCUUAUCACCACCAACAAUCAGGAUGCCCUCGCUAACAGAGCCGACAAAUAACGCCGUUAACGACCCAAGCAUCGUUUUUCAAGCACAAAACCACCCACCGUUAGUGACAGGAGCCAUGCCGGCACCACCAUUCAUGCCCUACCAGCAAAACCCCGUGGCCCACACAUUUCCCACCCCCUUCUAG